ACAAGAGAUGACGAUUGAUGAAGUAUUCAUGAAGAUAAGUACCAACCAAGUAUAUAAUACGGAGGAGUACAUAUGCAUAAAAUGUUUCCAAAAAUUUAUAUUGCAAGAGAAGAUAGAAACAAUUAGAGAUUUAUAGACUGGAUGGGCUAAUAAAUAAGUAUUUGCAUGAAAAAGCGUGACCCGCCCCAGCUGAUAUUAUAUUUUACCUUCUUCAAUUCCUUCCUGACAUCGCCCAUUCAUGGCUCGAUCAUAAUGUCAUGAUUAUAGUAUUUUGUAUUCGUAGUUGGUUGCUUGUUCAAUUCUUUCUCCGAGAUAGAUAGAUAUAUAGGCAGCUUAUUUAGCUUCAAUUCUUCGUAUUCAAUAUAAAGCUAGAUUGAGUUCGUUCAAGCCCUUAUUCAGCUAAAUGAAAUGAUCGAGCAGAAACAUGUUACACAGCAGCCUGCUAUGAACAUCUGCUAAUCACUUCCGCUUGCCUUGUUCCUCAAUUAUAUACACACAGGAGUUAGUAGCUAUGGAAAGAUCAAACAAUUAAGCUUGAUUUAGUUGAUUAUUAAUCAUUCUAAGACUUGGUGCAUAAGUUGAUAUGAAAACAAUGAUCAAUGAAAACUGGGUGGAGGAGGAGAAACCACUAAGAAGGAGCUUAGUAUUCACAUAUGGAGUAGGCCACAUGCUGAAUGACAUUACACAAUCAUGUUGGUAUACAUAUCUCUUGCUCUAUUUGACAGAUAUUGGGUUGCCCCCAAGUAGUGCAGCUAUUGUCACACUUACUGGUCAAUUCGCUGAUGCAUUCACAACCAUCAUUGUUGGUCAAUUGAUAGAUAGAUAUGGGCAUUUCAAGAGAUGGCAUGGCAUUGGGUGCAUUAUGGUUGCUUUCUCAUUUAUUUCACUUUUUAGUGGCCUUUGCAUCCCGUGCAAAAUUGGGGGUUCAUAUUCUCAAAUGACACAAACAGUUUGGUAUUGCAUAUCUGCUGUUAUCUAUUGUAGCGGAUGGUCUUGUACUCAGAUAUCACACAUGUCAAUGGUGAAUUGCAUUACACUCAAUGAAUCGAGCAGGAUAGCAUGUGUUAGCUGUCGCAACGCAUUUACAAUGAUUGCAAGCCUCAUCUAUUAUGCAAUCACACUUUUCAUUUUCACUGACACUAUAUAUGGGCCACAAGAUAUUAAAGUUCAGUAUCGCUGGAUGUCAUAUAUAUCAAUUUUUAUUGGUAGUGUCUUUGUGAUCAUCUUUCAUCUUGGGAUUAAGGAGCCGAGUAAUAAGAAUGGUGGUUGUGCAAAAACUCGCGUAAAUACACCAUGGACUUAUUGGUUGAAGAAAGUUUCUUAUCAUCAAGUUUCUAGUGUUUACGUGCUCACUCGAGUUGUUACCAAUGUUUCACAGUCAUUUCUUGCAGUGUAUGUGAUAAAUGAUUUGCGGAUGAGCCAAUCUUCAAAGUCACUGGUUCCUGCCCUCAUUUACCUCUGCAGCUUCAUUACCUCUGUACUUCUACAGGAGCUUGAAUGGAGCAACAAAAAGUUAAAAAACUUGUUCUCCAGCGGUGGCAUACUCUGGUUUUUAUGUGGUGCAGCAAUAAUGUGGCUUCCAAUAAACUUGAAUCUAUUCAUGUACGCCCUAUCAGUACUGAUAGGAAUCGCAAAUUCCUUGAUGAUGGUGACUUCAACAGGCAUGGAAAGUGCUCUAGUAGAUAAACACCUUGAUGGUUCAACAUUCGUGUAUGGAUCGAUGGGCUUCAUCGACAAAGUACUAUGUGGAAUAGCACUGUACUUUCUUGAAUCAUUUGAGAAUGUUGAUCCAGUACCAUGUAAUCCAAAACAUGCAUGUCUCUCCGUAACCCGAUUUUCACUAGGGUUCAUCCCGGGAAUAGCAGCACUUCUUGGAGUUAUAGUUUCAUUCAUGAUGGAUUUGCAGACCUCCCAUUCAUAUCAUUUAGAAGAACCUUUACUGGAAUAGAAUAAAUCGAGCCUGGGAUUUCUAGUUUUCUACUUACGGUGUAGUACUGUGUCAUUCAAAUCAUUUAGCAGAACCUUUACUGGAAUAGAAUAAAUCGAGCUUGAGAUUUCUAGUUUUCUACUUGCGGUGUAGUACUGUGCUAGUCAAGAUCUUAAUAAAUGCUCAAAAAC